GCCAGCGCUCAACAGAUGGCUCUGCGCGCAUCAUCUGUGCAGCCGACGUCGAGACCGAGUCGUGCGAGUCGUGUGGCGUGUCAGUUGUGGUCUAGUGCGUGUAGUGGUCGGCCGUGUGCUCGGGUUUUCUUUCAGUCUUGGUGGAUCCCUUCGUUUUUUUUGUUGUCAGGAACGACAUCAAGGCUGAACAUCUCAAGAACAAAUUCACAACUAUAGUGAAAACCGUUAUCAGCUUCUUUGAAGUGGACUACACUUUCGACCGAUCCUUCUUGAUAAAAAACAUCAAUGAUUGCCGGAGUCUCCUCAAGCAGUUGGUUGGCAAUCACUUGACGGACAAGAGUCUCGGUCGGAUAGACCACGUCCUUGACUUUUUCACGGAUGCAACCUUCUUGGAGGAGAUGUUCAGAAAGUCUUCUCCAUAUCGCCCAGCGCUCAAAAGCAUUAUUGAUGAUAUGAAUAAAGCUUUUGACGAGGGUGGAAUCUGAACGUGACCAGAUUUGCAGGGUGGUUUAGCUGAGUGCAUAGGAUAAUGAAUUAGGGCAAGGCCUUAUUAAGAUGCAAAACAUGUCUGGCAGGAAUGUAUUGACAAAGGAAGAAAGUGCAGAGUGUAGCCCUUUGAUGAUUAUUCAUAUGUAAUCAGAGGCUCCUCAUUCAUUGGCUGUUAUUUUGGCAUUGAUUAUAUGAUGAUGUUAUGCUAUAGUAAGCAGGGAAAAGUAAAGAUGUCAUUCAUGAUAUCUUUGGAUUUUGAAAAAAAGAAAAGGGGAAGAAAAAGGAAUUGUAGAGAAAAGAUACUCAUUCUACGAUUUCUUAGCCUUGUAAGAUGUAUAUCAAUAUCUCUGUGAUGGACUUUUCAUAAAAAAAAAAAAAAAAAACUCCAGUCAUUGAAGCUGAGAGUCUUUUAUACAAUAACUUGCCAAGAUAAGCAUCAUUGAAAAUGUCAUUUUGAAUAGCCAGGUUUUAAAAGGUUCGUUGUGUAUAACUUUUUUUUUUCUAAAAUGAGGGCAUACUUUCUAGUGAAUUACUAUGCAAUUUUAUGUACAUGUAGUGUUUAGAUAUUCUUGUUCAUUAAACAGACAUAAAUAUGAAAUAUUUCAUGAAUAACUCAAAUGUUCAAGAAAUAUUUGUUUGACAAAUCAAAGUGAGAUAUGCUCUUGUGUUUCCUCAAAGCACUUAAUUGCAUACAGUAUUUGCUUACCUAUAUUGCUUUAAUUUUAGAUGAUCAUAUGUGCACACACAGUAACAGAAUACAAACUUAUACCAAAAUAUAUAUAGAUAUAUAAACUCCAUUUUUCUUAUAUUCAUUAUCUCUAUAACUGUAAAAUGCACAAACUUUAUUUCAGAGUUAGAGGAAGAAAACCUAUCAGAUAGAAUAUCAAAUUGGAAAAAUGAUUUAUUGUUCAUACUGUAAUACAUGUAUACUUUUUUCAUCAUCAAUAGAAUCUCUUUUUUUUUAAGGCCUUUUAUUCAUGAUGGUAAAUGAGUGUGAGCCUGCCAGCUUUUAUUGACAUACAGAUAAUUCUGUGAUAAUUGCAUGUUAAAAUCUUUACUUGGUUCCAUAAUUAGAGCAUCAUAUUUUUAUUGUAGGGUUCUCAUUUGUACACAUGCACUUGUACAUGCAUAUAUGCACACACAUACCCACAGCCACAUCAACAUAUAUAUAUAUAUAUAUAUAUAUAUAUAUAUAUAUAUAUAUAUAUAUAUAAUAUAUAUAUAUAUAUAUAUAUAUAUAUAUAUAUAUAUAGACACACACACACACACACACACACACACACACACACACACACACAAACACACACAACACACACACACACACACACACACAACACACACACACACACACACACACACACACACACACACACACACACACACACACACACACACACAAGAAAUCCUCUUUUUGUUCUGUCUGUGUGCUUUUAAAGCUGGCUGUGAAAUGAUAAGUGAAAUAACAAAUUUAUCAACCGACUGCAACAUUAUGAGUGGCAUUACAGUUAUAUGAAAACAGUGUUAAAAUAACUAGUUCAUUUAUAAUUCAAUUUCCUUCAGAUAAAAUAUUUAAACAAAGAAAGAACCUUAUAAUAAAAAAAGAUGCUUUAUUCACGUAUAUUGUUGAAUUGCUUAAAAAUUAUUAGAAGUGUUAGUGUUCCUUUGAGAAUUUGUUUGACUUUUAGUAAUGAUGUGUAAAGCCAUUUUCUUUUUCCUUUUACAUUAGAAGUGAAUGUACUGACUGUAUAUAUGACAAGAACAUGUUUUAAAACCAUCAAAUUUAUGGUAAUAUCAAUGAGAUUUUAAAAUUAAGUUUAUCAAAUACCUCUUUACAUAAUUUAUAUUUUGGGUUAUCCUUUUACUCUAUGGAUCACACUGGUGGAUCUCGAAUCUACGUUUUAAAGGUACUUUGCCUUUUAAAAUCAUGAUUAUACAUCUGGGCUUCGUAGCUCAGUAUGUAAGAGACAAUAUGCCAGCGGUGUGAUUUGCAAUUGAAUUCUGUUGAUGACCAUUUCUUGAAAAACACUUUUAUUUUCCUCAAAGUAGUCUUCAGCUCUGUACUUAGGAUUAUAAGCAGAUGUAUGUUUAUUUAUCGCUUGAUUGUGUCCUAGCUACAGCCUGGUAAUACAUUCCGUAUAAGGAAAUGCAUUAUGAGUACAUGUGUCUUUAUCAGAUCUUUUAUGAAUGACUUAUUAAUUUCUUGGUAUUUGAUAAAAGGCAAGUGAUGAAUUUGUGCAGCGUGAGUCGUGUAACAAAAGAAAGAGGAGGGAAUGAUAUGUUUUAAUUUCUUGUUUGAAAAUUUAAAGUAAAAGGGAUUUAUACAUGUGUGCAAAGACACGGAAAUUCUCACACCUGCAUCUACACUCACUCACAUCAAUGCUCACUUCUAAUCCCACUCCAACACCCACAUAAACACUUGCUCUCAGAUGCACAUGCAUGCACGCACAUGUACGCGCAGACACAAGUGUGUACACACAUGCAUGCAAACAUACAUACACACCAAAGGAAGUAAGUGGCACAUUAACUGAAUUUGUGAAAGAAGGAAGAUUUAUGUGAGUAUUGAUACUAAUAGUAAUGAGUAAUUUAUUUGAUAAAUUCGGAUUUUACUGGACUGAUAUAAUCUUACAUAUUUAUGUAUGUAUGAAAUCAAAAUAUUCUCUGAUAUGCAAACAUGAUUUUAUACCAUAUUUAAAAGUAAUAUAGGUAACACAAACAAUUCUCUAUUUUUCAAAAAAGUGGCAAAUGUAAAUGAAAGAGGAAAUCAUAAUACUUUCAGAUUACAGUAAAUAAAAAUAGACGUAUGGAAGAAUUUAGUGGAACACAGCUGCGGCGAGAAAGGAAACACUAAGACUAUGACGUACAUUCCUUAUCCACUGUGAUUUUGGUUUAGGAAUUUUACUCACACAAAGAUAGCAUCAUAAGAGGUUUGUUA